AAUUUGUAUAAACAAAAAAUAUAUUAUUAAAGUAUAAAUAUGUUUAAAUUAAUUGUAGUUGUUAUGCUAUUUGUGGCAGUUUGUUACGCUCGCAAUGCAAUGCCCGACAAAACUGAUAAUCAAUUUCAACAGGAAUGCCUACAAAUCAGUAACGCCUAUCGGGCCAGACAUCACUCGCCUGGUCUAACCAGUGAUCAAUCACUAAUAGAUUAUGCCAAAUCCCGGUGCUAUUUGAUAUCCCAAUAUGAGAGCCUCAGUCACGGUCACGCAGGUCUAGCAAAAGGUACGGGCGAAAAUCUGGCCUGGUCUGGCAAUUCGGCCAAUGUAGUGGGGUCGGGUAGACAAGCAAUCGAUAUGUGGUACAAUGAAGUUAAAGAUUACAACUAUGACACUACCGGCUUCUCAGGUAGAACCGGACACUUUACACAGUUAGUAUGGAAAGGUACUUCACGGGUAGGCUGUGCCCGAUGCUAUGGCCGGGGCUCGCAAUGGUACGAAACAUAUACUGUCUGUAACUAUAGACCCGCUGGCAAUAUGAUGGGCGAUAAUAAUCGUUAUUUUAGAGAAAAUGUUUUGAGACCAUAAUUUUUUUGUCUAAAUUAUUAAUUUUCAAUAAAUAAAAUGC